AAAUCUCCACGGACGCUCCUAAACACCAGGCUGCAGUGCGCAGCGGCAAACACUGUAUUUUGUCCCUGUCAAUCUCAGGGUAGACUCUCUCUCUGUCCGAGGCAUGUAGGCUUGUCCUGGUGUAAAGAUCUGAACUGUGCUUUAAUAGAUCGGUCGAGACGAGCAAACAAACAAACAAAGAUGGGGAGAGUGAACGUGUGUUUGAAGCGGAGUUACAUCGUCGUGACAACUUUGAUCGCGAUCAUGAGUGCCUUGCUGUUGGCACUGACUCUGUUCAGCCACGGAAAGUUCCACGACGAUGAAGAGGUAGAGAACUUGCUCCCAGGCAUACGUGCCAUGUAUGUUUUUUCCAUCGGAACUCUUCUCUUCGCCGGCAUUGGCCUGUACGGUGCCAACAAAGAGAAGAAAUGGGCGCUGAUAGUGUUUGCAGUUGCCAUGAUCCUGAGCAGUCUGUACUUGAUUGUCAAUGAAAUUGGAGGGCUGAUUGUGCUACCAAAGAUGGCUGAAGGAGUAAAGAUGCACUACCGGGAGAUGCUGCCACUGACUAAUGCUAGUGACAGUUUUUUGAAAGAAUUUGAGGAGUUGCAGAGUGAAUUGCAGUGUUGUGGAAUGGAACAGGGCUACCAGGACUGGGGCUACAACAUCUCGAUAUACUGCGUGUGCCAUGAAGAUUCCACUAAUCCAUGUGUUUUAGCUCCCAGAAUGAGCAGCCUGAACAAGUAUGGGCCCACGAUGAUUUAUGAGGAGCCUUGCCUUCCACACUUGAUCAGCCAAAUGAUGAUUAUCAUAAAUUUUAUACUGGUCAUAAUGGCGGGCAUCAUAUUACUCUGGGUCUCGUCGGUUGCGCUGUGCACCGCCAUCUUGUGUCGGCUCAAUCGGAAGGAAAAUAUCCCCACAGUUGUUUACAGUCCGGAGGCAAAGGCAGGCAACUACACCAUUCUGUCAGAGCCUGCAGAGAACACCUGAUUUAAAAAAAAUGUAUUUUUAUUUGUGUUGCUCUUCUCUAUGGUGGAGUUUAUCAUGUCAGCAUACUAUAGAAAAAAACACAGGGAUUGAUGCAAGAAUAUAAAAUGUAUUUAUGAUGAAAUGAGUGAAGAUGGAUGAAAGUUACACUCAUGGGUUUUUCUUUCUUUUGUAAAAGUUUCUGUUUGGGUAAUAACACGCAACUCGUCGUUCAUUUCUGUCUUAGAAUGCGCAAUUUCCUGAACAUACUGUGAAAAGCGCAGGGCAAACCCCUGUUUGUUUGUGAUAAAUCAAAAGAUACAUCAGCUGCAUACUACAGAGUUUAGUUACACAGUGAUGGAAAAAAGUAUGGAAUUACUCAGUUACAUGAGAUUUGUUUGAUCAACACGUCCUCCCGCUGUCUUCACCUGGCAUCAGAUAGAUGCAGUAAGAAGUCAAGCAUGUUAAAAUGUAGGUACUUCAUGCGAUUUGGCCAUUUCGUCAGAGAUUUAGUGAAGUAAAACUGCAAGUAAUAAAAAUGAGAUGAUUAAAGAAAAUGUGACCUCAGAAAUGUUCAAUUAAUGGAUGUGUCAAAGCUUCAAUGUUUGUACUUUGUUGUUUUUUGUAAUUUCCUGAUUUCCUUUCUAUGUUUAUCCAACUUUUUUCCUUUAUGUUAUUAUCAAAGAAACCACUGGCAUACUUUUUAAAUAGCAGUACACUGCUCAUUUGACCUUUUUCUGAUUAUCAGUAAUCAGUGAUUUGUCUGUCAGAUUGCUGAUAAAAUAAACUAAUCUGUAAAUGUGC